AUGUCCGAACAAGAGCUGGAAGAAUAUCAGCAACAGCUCCAGGCUGUUGAAGAGGGUUUAAGAGAUGACCCUGAAAACGAAUCUCUUUUGGAACUGAGAACUGAACUGGAGGAGCUCGUUGGGCUGCUGAAACAGUCGCUAAGUAACACUGGGGAAGACACAGGAAUAAGUAGCAAUAAAGAACAAAAUGAAACCCAGAUUACUGACAUUAGCCAGGAGAUAUCUGAAAAGGAGUGGGAGAACAAAAGCGCAUCGCAGAGUGGUCAAACUACGCCAUCAGCACAGCCAUCAGCACCGUCAUCAGCAUCAGAAUCAGUUGUGAGUGGGUCGCCAUCGAGAACAACAUCCACACCAACACCACCACCUCCAUUGCCAUCAUCACAACGAGGUUCCCAGACAUCAAGAUUCAACCAGAAUUUAUCAGUGGGAUCGAUUGUACUAGCAAAAUAUGUGUCUGGAGAUCGUAAAUUUUAUAGAGCCAAGAUCACAGCUAUAACUGGAUCCAAAGAAAAUCCCAUAUUUACAGUCAAAUUCUUGCAACCUCAGCACGCUAAUGUCAUAGAGACAGUCCGUAGUGAUGGAAUUCGUGAGAUUAAUCAGGAGAUGGGACGUGGUAGCAGUGCACCAAACCAUGGAAGCCGGCCAGCUCCACCAGGAACUGCUACUUCGCGUCCCAAACCCCCACCUCCUCCUUCUACCACUCUAACCCAUCCAACUAGCUACCCACAAAACUCCUAUAAGCAUGCUAGAGAUGCAGCAGCAGCACUUGAGGAACAGAACAAAGCCACCAAAGUUGCCAAACAAGCAUCACAGCAAAAUGUAUCCAAGGCGAAGCUCCUUGACAACCAGAAGAAUAAAUGGCAACAGUUUUCGAAAAAGAUGAAUAAAACUGGCAAGAGCAAGAAACUCGGAGACUCGAUGUUUCGCACUUCGGAUGACCCCAAUGCUCGAGUGGGCGUGGUCAAGGGCAUCAGCAUUCCCAAACCAUCCAAGCCUGCGAAACAUGUUUUCGAUCCGUCUUCUCGAAUAAACUAA